AUGCCCUCAGCAGCACAGAGGUUGGCGGAGAAGUCGACCAUGGGAGGACGGGAGAGGGUUGCCUUGGAGAUGCUUGCGGCCCUACUACCACCUACUCUGGCACAUGAGCUAUACAAGACGAUAUCCAUAUGGUUGGCAGGAGGUUUCGAGGUCUCUACUGUAUCCACCUUUUUGGGGCGUAUCCUCAGCCACCUCAAAAGCUGUACUACGGUACCCUCGAUCGUUGAAGAGGAGGGAGGGGACAGCCCGUCCGGUGCUGAAGCACAACAGAAGUAUGAUGCGAUUUUCGAUAUCUAUACGGAGCAAGAACGAACAGUACUGUUGAAUCGACUGCGGGAGCUGGACCAUGCUGUUGUUGAAGUCUGCAAUAGGCAUCUCGUAGACCUUAUCAAUGGGGCUCUCCUGAAACGAGAGGCAGCCAAGCAACGGGAGGUCAUGAAGGAGGCCCCUAAGGCGGAGGGCUGUCGGAGCUAUCUGAAUCAUCUGUCCUUCCCUGGAGAGAGUGCGGAGGCGGCGGUGUGUCGAGAACGGCUGCUUAGGACUCCCCCAGGCAUCAUCAACAACACGUGGAUGGGGGUGUCACUUGGCACUGAGGAAGCUCAGGACUUCAAGUACUUUCGUCGGAACCACAGCGAAGAGGCUCUCUUCAACAAUGAGGACCACAAGUACGCCACCACCUUCACCGUCAAAUGCGUCUCCCUAACGGUCCGUCGGCUGGAGGAGCUCCAGAAGAAGCUUGAGGAGAUGGCUGAGGGGGAGAGGGAGGCCUACGAGCUGAAGAUGCCACAUGACAUCACCAGUCAGCAUCUCGAGCAGAUCAUUAACAGUUAUACUUCUACGGCGAUUGGGCAAAAGAUGGCGGACGAACUCCUCCUACAUCCUAUGAAGACUCUCCCUUUACUGGUAACACGUCUGAAGGAGACUGAGGCCUCGUUGACAUCACCAACGAGUGGCCUCGUGGCCGCCGCCUCUAAGGCGUGGUUGAAGGUGGACAAGAGGAGCUACCUCCCGGGCCUCGAUCACAGGAGCUAUUAUUUCCGAGGACACUGCUCGAAGAACUCCACCAGCCGAGCCUUCCUUACAGAUCUACGACAGAGUGAUAGCCCUCUUGGUAUCGUAGAGGAGGAGAGGGAGUGGGCAUCCUGGGGGUAG